GCGUGUGUCCUCGUGCAUUGAUCAAUCGACCAGUGACGCCCAUGGAGCGAUCCGAUCGUCGGGUAUAUAAGCAAUCGGCCGAAAAGCAGAGGCAUCAUUCAGCCACUGUUCAGCAGCUGAUCUCCUGCAAACCAAACCAAUCCGAUCAACCAUGAAGUACUGCGUUGCUAUCCUUCUUUUGGCUCUCGUCGCCAUCGCUAUGGCGCAGAAGCCCAGUGAGAAAGAAACGGCACCGGAUUCCACCGAUAGAUCCAAGAGAGGAGCCGUCGUAUACGGAGGAUACGGAGGAUACGGAGGCUACCCAUACUCGUAUGGAGGAUAUCCUAUCCACGGCUAUCCUUAUCAUGGUUACCCAUAUGCCUACCAUGGCUACCAUGGAUACCCUUAUUACCGCUAUCCUUACUAUGGCACCUACUAAAGAGACCUAAAGAGACCUGUAUUAAAGAGUGACGGAUCAACGACAUUAGGACCUACGACGGCUCGUGAUUAGAAUUUAGGACCGGACCAUGAAAAUUUCGAAAAAUGCUGCUCAAGAUGUACACUCGUACAUUUUAAUCGAUUUGGAAACUUUUGAUAACCACGAACACAAUAAUUUGAGUUCUUUGGCGAUCAACAGUUGUAUAUACUAAUUGCACUAAUAAAGUAAGAUUAGAUACAAAAUGAA